GUAUCUCUUUAGUAUCCUUAUAGAAGCAUAGAAACGACUUCUGCUACUACUCUCACACAGUGCUUGAGACUGACAGAUCUUCACUGCAAACAUGAACAGCAAAGUUUCUCUGUCUGUAAUCCAACUGCAUACACAAAAUGGGGAGUUCUGCAUUGUUCUGGUCGGGAAGACAGGAGCUGGGAAAAGUGUUGCAGGAAACAUCAUUCUAGGGGAAAAAGCUUUCCCAUCAAAAAUCUCCUCUAUUUCUCAGACAAAAAACUGUCACAAGAGAAGAGGGAAGGUGGGUGAGCAAAGUGUAGCUGUUAUUGACACCCCAGGUUUGUUUGAUACUUCAUUGUCCAAUGAAGAGUCACUGAAAAAGAUUGCUGAAUGCAUCUCUCUCUCUGCACCUGGUCCCCAUGUGUUCCUGGUUGUGAUCCAGCUGGGAAGAUUCACUGAAGAGGAACAGAGAACUGUGGAGAUGAUUCAGACAUUAUUUGGUGAUGAAGCAUCCAAAUACGCCAUGGUUCUCUUCACACAUGGAGACUUUCUUCAUGGUGAUGAUGAUGAUGAUGAUGAUGAUGAUGUAACAAUUGAACAGUUCCUGCUUGAAAAUCCAGAUCUGGAUAGUGUUAUUUCCCAAUGCAAUGGGGGAUAUCAUGUCUUCAACAAGAAAGAUAAGAAUCGCUCCCAGGUCACUGAGCUGCUUGAGAAGAUAAACAAUAUGGUGGAGAUGAAUGGAGGAAGCCACUACACCACUGAGAUGUUCCAGCAGGCUGAGAGAGCGAUUGAAGAGGAGAAGAACAGGAUCCUGAGAGAGAAUGAAGAGAAGAUAUGCAGACAGGAGGAGAAACUGAAGAAAGAAAAAUGA